AUGUCUGAGUUUGGUAACUACGGUGCGUAUGGGGAUGGGGGAUUCCAGAACCCACAAGAUAUGGAUGGAGGAGGUGGCUUCAAUUCUGAAGUAAAUGGAUCCCAAAAGCAACAACUUAGAUCUAGUCUCACUCCUGUCACUAUUAAACAAAUAAAUGAAGCAACGCAGCCUGUUCCAGAUGGCGAAUUUAAGAUCCAUAAUGUUGAGCUUAACUUCAUCUCUUUUAUUGGCGUUGUUCGUAAGGUCGACAACAACACUUCCGCUGUUAUCAUUAGUGUGGAGGAUGGCACGGGUACUAUCGAUGUGCGAAAAUGGGUCGAUGAACAAUCUACCAGUGCAAGUGAAGAGUCAGAAAAGUAUGAAAAAGAAUUAAAUAAAUAUGUCUUCAUAUGUGGGGCUUUAAAAGAGUUUAAUGGGAAAAAAAAUAUUCAGCACGCAACAAUUAGGCCAGUUGUCGAUAGCAAUGAGAUUUUAUAUCAUAACUUGAGCGCUAUCGCGUGUCACUUGAAAGCACAUGGUGUUACAGCUAAAAGCAAGGUAGAUGACAAGAAGGAAAACUUAUUUGUGAAGGAUUCUAAUGGCAUGGAGUUACCAAAAUCGAUGAGUGACAAAGUCUAUGAUGUACUCAAAGAAUAUUCCGGUACAAUGCCAGAAGGCGUUCCUUGUCAAUUGAUUGCUCAGAAGCUCAACAUAACAGACGAUGUUGCUCUUAAUAUUUGCUCUGAACUUAGUGAUGGGGGAAAAGUUUACAGCGGUUAUGAUGACACUUCUUUUUUAUGUUUUUAA